AUGACGGCGACGGCGACUGCCACUGAACUCGAGCUGCCGGGCUUGGACCCGGCGGCGUUCGACGGCGACGGUAACUUGACGACGAUGGAAUGGAACUUAACAGUAGUGAACGACACGGCGGAUUUCGAGUUUGGGAACGGAACCCUCGGCCCGCGGACGAGCUCGGACUGGCGUCUGGAAUGGUGGGUCCUCCUUGUGCUCAUCGCUUUCAGCGGCGCCACGGUCGUCGGGAACGUGAUGGUCAUCAUGGCCGUGUGGCGCGUGCGAUGCAUGCGGACAGUGACCAACUACCUGGUGACUUCCUUGGCCACGGCGGACUUGCUCAUGGGAGCCCUGGUCAUGCCCGUCGGCGCGCUCAUGGAGUCAAUGGGCGGCGUUUGGGUGUUCGGCCAAGACUGGUGCGACGUGUGGCACUCCGUCGACGUGCUGUGCUCCACGGCGUCCAUCCUGAAUCUCUGCGCGAUCUCAAUCGACCGCUACAUCGCCAUCACGGACCCGCUCACGUACCCGUUGAAGAUGACGCGAAAGGUCGGCGCCGUGCUCAUAGGCAUUGUUUGGUUCCUCUCGGCGCUGAUUUCCUUUCCCGCCAUCGGCUGGUGGCGCUCGGUGCCUGGUCACUUCUCCGGUGCCCCGGACACGUGUCAGUUCACGCAGGACCUCGGCUACUUGGCCUUCUCGUCCAUCAUUUCCUUCUACGCGCCGCUGAUCGGCAUGGUCUUCACCUAUUGCCGCAUUUACAAGUCCGCAGUGAGCACGACCAAGUCCUUGCGUCAGGGCUGUCGGUACAUUGGGCGGCCUUCCCAGCGGGCCUCCACGCACCGCCCCGAGCUCGACGGCUCCAUCUACCACAACGUGCAAGACGACGACAGCGUCAUGGCGCUGCGAAUCCACCGCGGCGGACAAACCGUCAAGGCUGCCCCGCGCUUUGACUCGCGGACCAAGAAACUCACGGUGGAUCCUCUGCCGCCGCGGGAACAUCCGCUCGAGGCUGACGAAGACGCCGGCGACGCGAUCGUUGUGCCGGACGCCGGGAUCGGGGAGACCACGUCUGCGGCGCGCGUGUCACCGCCGUACCCGAAAGGAGUGUCGUUCAGCCGGAAGUUGGCUCGGUUCGUGAAGGAGAAGAAGGCGGCCAAGACGCUUGGGAUCGUCAUGGGCGUGUUCAUCGUCUGCUGGUUCCCGUAUUUCCUCAUCUGCAAUCUCAUCGUGGGCGUUUGCGCCGCGCUGAGUGCGCGCUGCAUCCCGGAGUCGCCGCUGCUCUUCAGCGUCCUCACCUGGCUGGGCUGGAUCAACUCCAGCAUGAAUCCGGUCAUCUACGUCUGCUGGUCCCGCGAGUUCCGCCAGUGA